UCAAACCCCCCCACUCUUUUCCCACUCCCCUUCUCUAUAUAUAAACCCUUACAGCCGCACCAUUUUUCACUCACUCUAUCAAACCCCUAACGCAAAAGAAAAAAAAAACACCACAAAGGGUAUCACUUUCUCUUUACUUUCUUUUCUUUCUAUCAAUCUUUUUCUAAAACUUGAUUGGAUUUGAAGGAAUUUGAAGAAUAUGGCUCUUGAAGCUCUGAAUUCUCCUACCACGGCUGCACCUUUCAGCAACAAAUAUGAUGACAUCGACAACAAUUACCACGAGACGUGGAAGAAGGGCAAACGUUCAAAGCGAUCACGGAGCGAGUCUCCUGCACCGUCUGAAGAAGAGUACCUUGCUCUCUGUCUCAUCAUGCUAGCUCGUGGCUCCACCAAGGAAAACAAAAACGUCUCCGCCUCCAACGGUGGUGAUGGUCAUCGUCAGUCUUCCUCGUCAUCGGUACCAGCAGCUGAUCCGCCAGCUUUGAAGUUGUCAUACAAGUGCAGUGUUUGCAACAAGGCUUUCCCUUCUUAUCAAGCUCUGGGUGGGCAUAAAGCCAGCCAUCGCAAACCCUCCACCGACACAGCUUCCACCAAUGCUGAAAAUCCAUCUACCACCAGCACCAACACCAGCGCCACCAACGGUAGUGGUAGGGCCCAUGAGUGUUCCAUCUGCCACAAGACUUUCCCUACAGGCCAAGCCUUGGGAGGCCACAAACGCUGCCACUACGAAGGUGGCAACAACAAUAAUAACAACAGUAACAAGAGUGGUAGCGGUAGCGUUAGUGGGGUAACGUUGUCAGACGGCGGCGCUUUGAGCCAAAGCCACCGUGUCGACCUUGACUUUGACCUGAACUUGCCCGCGUUGCCGGAGUUCCGUGGGGAAAAUAAAGAUGGAAGAUUUAGUCAAAUCUAUGCAGAACAAGAGGCUGAAAGUCCAUUGCCAACCAAGAAACCUCGUUUCUUGAUUGCUAAGGAAGAGAAGCUGGAUUCUUCUUUAGCACAAGAUUAAUUUCAGGAUUUGUAGAAUUAAUUGAAUUGACAAAGAAAAAUGAUUUUAUUUUUCAUUGAUUCUGGGAUUUGUAUUUGAUAAAUUGUUCUGUACAGUGAAUUUGUUCAUUGUUUGUGAACUCUCCCUAUUGUAGUCAGUUUCUGGCAAUUCAUUGAUUCAUUAUUUUAAGAAAAAUAUUUCUAAUACUAUAACUGACAUUUAU